GGCAGGUGGCACUGGCCGCCUCCCCCGCGCCCCCCCGAGCUCCGCCGCUGCGCUCAGUCCGCCGGCGCCGAUGCUGCUGAGCGGAGCGGCCGGCUCGGAGCGCGGCGGCUGCAGCGGCGGGGCGGGGGCCGGCGGGGCCCCGCAGUGCGUGGGCACCAUGGCCCGCUGGCUCCGCGAACACCUGGGCUUCCGCAGCGCCCGGCCCGCGCCACCCGCGCCGCCCAAGCCCGACUACCGCGCUGGGCCGCCGCCUCAGCCGCCCCUGCCGCCCGGGGGCGCGGCCGAGCCGCUGGCCGCCGCCCAGCCCGAUAUCGUGGCGGCCUACCGGCUGCAGAAGGAGCGCGACUUCGAGGACCCCUACAGCGGCCCGCCGCCCGCCGCCGCCCCCGACGGGCCCCGCUACGUCUCGCCCAAGCACCGGCUCAUCAAGGUGGAGGCGGUGGAAAAGGUGCCCGCCAGCCCCUCGCCGCCGCCGGUGCCGGCCCCCUCCAGCUCGCCCCCGGUCGGUCCCGAACCGCCCGACGAGCCGCCGCAGGAGCUGGCUGUUCUGGAGGACUAUGCAGAUCCCUUUGAUGCGGCACAGGUGGCAGGUAGCCAGGCAGGGCUGGAGAAGGUGAUGGAGAAUGAUGGAUAUAUGGAGCCAUACGAAGCCCAGAAGAUGAUGGCUGAGAUCCGCCAGAAGGGCUUACGGGAAGCUCCUGCCCAGCCGCUGCACCUCUAUGACACUCCCUAUGAGCCUGUGCUGGACAUGGACAGUGACUGCUCAGCUUGCCCCAGGCCCAGGGAGUCCCGGCUGCCCGAGGAUGACGAGCGGCCACCAGAGGAGUAUGACCAGCCCUGGGAAUGGAAGAAGGAGCGGAUCUCCAAAGCCUUUGCAGUUGAAAUCAAGGUCAUUAAAGACCUGCCAUGGCCCCCGCCGGUGGGACAGCUGGACAGCAGUGAAAGCCCCCCGGAAGGGGAGGCUGGUGCCCCCAUCCCUCCGCAGCACAGCCAGCACAGCUACGAAGACGCCAAUGGUCCAUCAGAGGGGCUGGGGUAUGGCCGCACCUCGCCCUGCAGGGAGGAGAAGGCCAAGGCUGUCCUCAGGCAUGGCUCCAGCAACCUCAAGAGCACAAAGACACUGACGGCUGAGCCUGGCCCCUUUGUCGGGGAGAGGAUUGACCCUGCCCUGCCCCUGGAGAACCAGUGCUGGUACCACGGGGCCAUCAGCCGGACAGACGCGGAGACGCUGCUGAGGCUGUGCAAGGAGGCCAGUUACCUGGUGCGCAACAGCGAGACCAGCAAGAAUGACUUCUCCCUCUCCUUGAAGAGCAGCCAAGGCUUCAUGCACAUGAAACUGUCACGGACACAGGAGAACAAGUACGUGCUGGGUCAGCACAGCCCGCCCUUUGACAGCGUGCCGGAGAUCAUCCAUCACUACGCCAGCCGCAAGCUGCCCAUCAAGGGGGCCGAGCACAUGUCCUUGCUUUACCCAGUGGCUAUCCGUACCCUAUAGUAAUCACCCCCACGAGCCAGGCUCAAGGCUGGCUGCACCCAAAACUGGCCCAUCCACAGGGCUGAGCACCACUGUGCCAAGGAUGGGCUCCAGACCAUCAGCCCAUGAGCAGCUCGCCGGGCACAGCCGGUGCUGUCGGGGAUUGCUGCAGCCGGGCCCCUCGUCCUGCUCUCCCAGGGGUUCCCGUGCACUGGUUUUGUGCUGGCAUGGCACUGGAAGGGACCCCCUGUGCAAGGAGCUGAGUGGGGUUUGCCGGGUGUCCACACCUCCACACCUGCCUCUUUGGCAAAGCUUGGGAUGCCAGGACUGGAGCUGGGACCUUGGAGACUCCAGGGAGGGGGGCAGUGUGUGCGAGUACGGGGAUAAAUCAUCUGGUAGCAGGCUUGAGGUACCUCCAUGAGGGUGCCUAGCUCUGCCCAUGAGAGACAAAACAGCUGUGCCUGCAGGUAAGGAGGCUGGCAGGGGUGAGCAGGACCUGCCUGGGCCAGUAAGGCAUGCACAGUGCAAGGCAGGCUGCCCUUACUGCACCGGUGCUCAGUACUCACUGCCAUCCUUUGCCAAACAUAAACAGUGACCGGCCUUGGCCUUGUGUGCAGCACCACUGCCUAAUAAAGCAGUGUCUCCUGCUUCAUGGGACUGUGUGCCCACAUCCCACUGCGAGCGGGGGACCAGUGUAGCAAAACAGCAGAAAGGGAAAUUUUGUUAUACAAAAGCUUUAAGGGAAUUGACUUUCCCUGUGCCAUUGGAUACACUGAGAUUGGCGUGCCUGUCCAGCCAGUGCACUCCUCUGAGACACAAGGACAAAGGAUGCUGGUGGUCAUGUCCUUGCCAUGUCUUUGAGACCCUUUGUGGGCAGUGAUGAGCUGAUUUUGGACUUGCCUGUUACUCCCUGUAGAAGAGGGCGCCCUUUGGGAUCUUUUGCCUUCUUGUUUUCCUUCACCUCUCAUAAAUCUUAGGCAAAGUCCCUGAAUUUCACAGAGCUCCUGAUCUCCUCUGAGAAAUUACUGGCUCCACUCCUGUUGUUUGUCUUCCUGACACCUUGUCUUUGGGCCAGUUUGCUCCUCUUUUUUCUGGCUGAACCUUUCUCUUGUGCUCUGUACUGUUUCAUACAUACCUUGCCUUUAACCUUGUUCCUGGUGUUGCUCCUAUACCCAUGCACAUACAUUUCCUCUAUCCAUGCUUCAGCCUAAGCUGCAUCCUGCUGUUACUCCCCAGCAGCACAUUCCCUUUCCCCUCUGCUCUCUGGAUGAGGAUGACAGCAGCAAAUUUGCUGCUGGACCAGCAAAACCUUUUCUGUUAGUGGAGCAAAGCCCUCGGGCAUUGGUGGGAUGAGUUAGCAGUGGCCUGGUGAAGGCUUUGUGAAAAAGCAUCAUCCUCCCUUCUGCCUGCUGCCAGGAAGAAGCUGUCCCUGCUGGUUGCUGGGGGACACUGAGGUGAUUGAUGGGACUGUGGGGAUUUUGUGUGGGUGAGUGCUGCAGCCACUGCAGGAACCCAGCUCUGCCAUCUGGGGCUUUGGGGUUUUUCAGACUCUAUCUUAGCUGAGAGAUGGCUGUCCUGGCUGCCCUGCACAGUUUUGAGCUGCUGUGGGGACCAUGGGGCAUGGCCAGCGUGGUCUGUGAGUGCACCCUGUGUUUGGGAGCUACAGAAGUGUGGUGGGUUGGUCCAGGAUGCCUCAGCCUCUGCCGCUCCUUAAAAGGCAGUGGAUUGAGCUGGCCGGUGUCUCCUUACAGCCCACUUGACUGCUGGCAGCUCUGGCUGCCUCUCUCCAUCCCAGGGAGGCAUUUUGUCCAGUGGGGAUGGAGGUGACUCCAGUGGGAGGGCUUUUCUCCCAGACCCUGCAGGAAGGGCUGGAGAUGCAGAAAUUUGCAGCGAUGCUGCUGGGUGCCCCUUCUGCACUUAGAAGGUUUCAAGCGCCACUUAGCAGCCCCACUGUGCCCUGAUGGCUCCAGUGAAGAGCUCAUCAUGGGGGAUCCUCUGCCUUCUUGGAAGCUGUGGGUGGGAAAAAAAGAGGCUUCUUGUGUCCAUGCAGUUCCCCACAUAGUGUGGGGCUGUUUUCCUGAGGAGCUGUGGCAGGGAGCAAACUGCCUGGAAGCCAGUGCUGGCUGUGCAGCCUUAUGGUGAAAUCCUGCUCAGGCAGCCUGGCUCCAUCUCAGGAACAUCCCUGCUGAGCACAGGGAUGAGAGGAAGGAGACCUGUGUGCAUUGCACCAGCUGCCCAGAACCAGUCAUGGACCAGCAGGACUGCCCUGCAGCUGGGCUGUGUGUGUCCAAGUGCUUCAGCAAAAUGGCUCUUGGUCGUUGCUGUGGGAAUUACAUCUCUCCUGACCCCUUUCUUCUCCAGGCUAAAGAAGUGAAACUCCAUUGUUCUGCCCCCGACCAUCCUCAGGCAGGACUCUCGCUCUCUUCCUCUCUUCAUGUACUUGGAAACAGUAUCCAGGUGUGGUCUCACCAAUACCAAAUAAAGGGAGAUAACCCUUUAUCUCCCCUUCUUUUGUCCUGACCACAAAAAAUAUAUGACUCCAGUUCCAGCAUCCUCGGUGGUGGGAGGUGAACAGCAGCUCCCCAGAAAAUUUGAACUGAAUUUCUCUUGAAAGGAUAUUUUAGUGCUGCCUUUGCCAUCCUGAAGUGACUGAAGUGAGCAUUGUUUGGGAAUUGAGUGGGUGAGGGCAGACAUCCAAUGGGGCUUGAGAGGUGACAGGGAUCCCUAUUCAUGAAGAUGCUAAUCCCCAGGAGAGAAAAGGCCGUGAAGAAUCUUAUGUGGCUUUAAGGUUAACCUUGUUGGGAAUAUAAAGUUAGACCAAAGACCUUUGUUUGUAAUAAUUCCUAAUCCACUUGUCCCAGCAAUGCCCCAUGUUCUCCCAGCUGCCUGUGUUCUGAAUCCCUCCUCCCAGUGUGUGGAACAGCUCUGUCAUUCAUUGCUAGUCCCUCACAAAGCCCUCCAUAACCACAGGGCUGGUUUAGCAUAGUGCAGCUCCUGAUAAUGGGGGAAGGAAGUUUGUUUUGUAAUUGGAUUAGCACUGCUGAGAACAGCUUGUGCACUGUGUCAGGGCUGAGCUGGUGCAGCCCUGGCCUCGUGCCACUCUGCCUGGUUUUGGGUCAGCUUGGGGCUGUGUUACCCCUGCACAGGACUUCACUGACGAAAAUUAUGCUCACAGGGCUGUCUCCCAUGAAGACAGGCUGGAGGAGUUCAGGCUGUUAAGCCUGGAGAGGACAAGACUCCAGGGAGACCUUAAAGCCCCUUCCAGUGGCCUCAGGGUCUCCAAGAGAGCUGGAGAGGGACUUUGGACAAGGGCCUGGAGUGACAGGACAAGGUGGAAUGGUUUCAAACUGAGAGAGGCCAGGUUUAGAUGAGAUAAGAAGAAAUUCUUGGCUGAGAGGGUGGUGAGGCCCUGGCACAGGUUGCCCAGAGAAGCUGUGGCUGCCCCAUCCCUGGAAGUGUUCCAGGCCAGGCUGGAUGGGGCUUGCAGCACCUGGGACAGUGGAAAGUGUCUCUGCCCAUGGCAGGGGAUUGGAACAAGAUGAGCUUUAAGGUCCUUUCCAACCCAAACCAUUCUAUGAUUCUAUGAAAACAUAUAGUUUUGCAGGAUGGAGGCAACCAAGAGGGACAAAAGGCUGAUACAGGGCAGAAUUGGAGCUUGACCAUCUGGGAAGGUGGGGUGUGUUCACUGGAUUCUGUCCCUAAUGUCUCCCACCUGCUAGAAAUGAAGCCCUUUGUGCCAAGCUUCACAUCACCCAUCCCAGCACAAGUCAUCAAGGCUCCUAAGUACCUCAGCGGUUGGAGAGAUCCAGCAACUGAUCCUUGUGGGACUGGGUUAAACCUCACCAUGUCAUCCAUGCCCCUUCCUACCCCUCUGGCCUGGAGAAGUUCCUUGAAGCCCAAGCCUAGUGAUUAGUUUGAAACCCCAGCCCUAGCAGGGAUGCUUAAAUUACUUGAGUAUCCCUGAGAAUGCUGUGCCCUGUGUUUUGCCUCCAACCACAGCAAUCUACAGGAGGAUCAGAUAACAGCUCAGCUGCCAGAGUUUAGAGCAAAGGAGAGAAAUUUGCUCCUAAUCCCUUCAGGCUGCCAGUGGAAUGUGCAGGGUAGCACAUACAGAGCACACAUAUGCAGUGGCACAGACAUGGCCCAGCUGAAUGCCUCCUCUCUAAUCUUCUCCUAAAGACCAAAUAUUUGACCCAAAGGACAAGUUUCAACUUCUGACUUGGAGACUUCUGUCACUCAGUCCCUUCAGUAUGGUUCCCAGCAGCCUUCCAAACCACUUACUUGCUCCUGGUAUCCUGUUUGGAAAUUGUCCCAAGACAUCUCUGCUUGGAUGCCUCCACUUAAUUUUGAGUCUACACCUGUGAGUAGUUCUGUCAUUUUUCAUGCACAAUUUUGGAGGCCUGUCUCCAAAUUACCACGCUCGGGCACAUAGAAGGGGAAAUUGUUUUAAGCUAAAAGGAACAUCAAUUUAGAUUAGAUACAAGUAUUUUACAGUGUGGGUGGUAAAACCCUGAUACAGGUUGCUCAGAGAGGUGGUGGAAGUCCCAUGUGUGGAAACAUUCAAGGCCAAGUUGGACAGGGCUUGGAGCAACCUUAUCUAAUUGAAGAUGUCCCUGCUCACAGUAGGAGGUUGGACUAGAUGACCUUCUAACCCAAACCUAGGAUUCCAUGAUCUUCCAGGUGAGACCAUCCCAGUGCCUUGCUAGUGGUGUGGCUGUGUCCCUCCCCAAAACAUCCCAGGCAUGAUGAUUCCACACUACCAGCCCUGUCCUUGAUAUUAACUUUAGUGGGGGCAUUCCAAGACUGAGGUGGGGAGCAGUGCUGGAAGCUGCUCAGAGACAUCCCUUUAACGUAGCCCAGCAUUUUACUUGGUUAGCUGGUUCCUCCUCUCGUUAAAUCCAUACCCAUGACUUCCAGCAUUGGAAACUGCUUCAUACUGGGUGCAAAUCAAACUUCUUCCUUAAAUCUAACCAGGCUAAAUUAUCAUAAAAGCAUAGAAUCAUAAAUUGGUUUGGGUUGGAAGACACGUUACAGCUCAUCUUGUUCCAGCCCUCUGUCAUGGGCAGGGACACAUUCUACUAGAAUGCUCUGUAUCACCUUGUCAAAAUUAAUUAUCAAAGAGAAAUCAUUACCUUAUCCUGAGACAAUGUAUCUGUGAUAAAUUCUGUUUGCAUUUGCUUUUCUAUCUGGGAGCUGAGUUUUCUUGCAAAAAGCCUCAGAAAGAUACAAAAAUCCAGAUACAUUUGAAUCCCUCUUUUCCAUUUUCUGGAUGUGGUAGGCACAUUUGCUGCAUUUAUUUGAGAUUUGAGCCAUAUCCAGGUUUUCUUAAGCCUGUCCCUUCUUUCAUAGGGAGGUGACCUUGCUCCUUCCCUCCCUGAUGUCAUGCUAACCCUCAUCUCCUGCAUUCACAGUGUCCUCAGCCAGUAGUUGUACCUCAGGCAUUCUCUGUCCUUCCUAUCCUGCUCAGCUUGAUGACCUGCACAGCCACCAGUCUUUCUCUUAAUUUCCAGCAUGAACAUAUGUGUGCUGUAUUUUUCUCCAAUAAAUAGCAAGCCCUGACUGCCUGUGUGGGACUGGCAGGCUUGCUGCAUGUCCCCUC